UUCUCCAAAGAGGAAUAAAAAAAUAAAAUAAAAAAAUAAUAAAAGGAAACUCCCAGUUGCAGAGAAGAAAAGAUCACGUCUUUACGACUAAAAAAGAAAUAAAACCUUGACCCUAACCCUAGGAAAACAAAAGAAAAUUAAAAAAGGUACAAGAGCCUUGAAGAAGAAGAAGCAGGAGCUUUCUGACUGUAGAAUUCUUCUGUUGCAACUCCAAUCGUGUAAGUUGCUUGAUCCUUCUAUAUUUGAUCUGGGUUUUUCUCUGGUCUGAAAAUUUUGAAGAAAUUGGGUUUGUUUGAGCUCGAGAUCAUUGGAUUCGGCGAAAGAUUGGAUUUUAGCUCAUUGGAGCUUGAAAAGAUCUGAUCCCCCCCCUCCCCUCCCCUCCUCCCCCGGCCCAUUCAUUCUCUGCCCUUUCUGUUAUUUUUAGGUCAUCUUAUUUUAGUAUGGGAUAUAGGAUUCUUCUUGAAAAGGUAAAGUGGGUUUGAGUUAUUGUCUUUGCCCUUUGAGAUCCAAAUCCAGUUACUUUGUUUUUAAAUUGUGUUGGAAUCUGUAAGAUGUUAAUAGCCAUUGUUCCUUCUAUUUCUCAAUGUAUAUUCGAACUUAAGGGUUCAUUUUGUUGUAUAUAUUAGAGCCAAUUGCUUCAUCCUAUAGUGAGAAGAUGGUACCUUCAGGGCCUCCGACGCCGGUCGGCGGGGCCCAGUCGGUCUCUUCUUCACUUCUCCAGUCUAACUCCGUGUUGUUGGGCGGCGGAGCCCAAUCGAACCCGAUUCCCUCUCAACAACCCUUCUCUUCUUUAGUCUCCCCAAGAACCCAAUUCAAUAAUAACAACAGUAACAAUAGCAUGAAUAUGCUAGGAAACAUCUCCAAUGUCUCCUCCCUUAUUAACAACUCCAUGGGCAAUGGAGUGAACCUCCAACAUUUGGGUUCAUCAGAGACCGACCCGCUUUCAUUUGCGUCGUCUGGUGCUGGUCCAUCAAUAAAUCAGCUGCCUGGGGAUUCUUCACAGCCUCAGAAGAUGGAGAGUAUGCAGAAUUUUCAGCAGCGGUUCUCAGUUCCUCAGCAGCAGCAACAACUUAGAGGGGGGUUAGGAAAUUUGGGCAGCUUGCCCCCUGUUAAAUUGGAGGCCCAAAUGGGCCCUUUGGAUCAGAAUGUUCCGAGCUCACAGCAGCUUCAUAAUCUUCGUAGCAUUGGUGGAGUUAAAGUGGAGCCACAACAGUUGCAGUCAAUGAGAAGUUUGGGACCUGUAAAAUUGGAGCAGUCGCAUUCAGAUUCUUCAAUAUUUUUACAGCAUCAUCAUCAUCAUCAUCAUCAUCAGCAACAACAAUUGUUGCAGAUGUCGAGGCAAUCUCCACAGGCUGCUGCACAUUUGAAUCUCUUGCAGCAGCAAAGAAUCAUGCAGUUGCAGCAUCAACAGCAGCAGCAGCUCCUUAAGGGCCUCCCGCCGCGAGCACAAUUAUCGCAGCAGAUUCAGCAGAAUCAUCCUUUGAGAACUCAAUUGAAGACAGGUAACUGUGAGCCUGGAAUUUGUGCGCGGCGGUUAACCCAAUAUAUGUAUCAUCAACAACAUAGACCGGAGGAUAAUAAUAUUGAGUUUUGGAGAAAAUUUGUAUCAGAGUUCUUUGCUCCUAAUGCUAAGAAGAGGUGGUGUGUUUCACUCUAUGGAAGUGGACGUCAAACUACUGGUGUUUUUCCUCAGGAUGUAUGGCACUGUGAAAUAUGCAACCGCAAGCCUGGACGUGGUUUUGAAACAACUGCUGAGGUUCUGCCAAGGCUAUGUCAAAUUAAAUACGCUAGUGGUACUUUGGAGGAACUACUUUAUGUAGAUAUGCCUCGUGAAUCUCACAACACCAUGGGGCAGAUUGUCCUUGAUUAUCCUAAAGCAAUUCAGGAGAGUGUUUUUGAGCAAAUGCGCGUUGUACGUGAUGGUCAUCUACGUAUUGUUUUCAAUCCGGAUCUAAAGAUUGCUUCAUGGGAGUUUUGUGCUAGAAAACAUGAAGAGCUUAUUCCUCGGAAGUUAAUAGUACCUCAGGUGAGUCAAUUGGGGGCUGUGGUUCAGAAAUAUCAGAAUGCUGUUCAAAAUGCAUCUUUUGGCUUAUCUAGUCAGGAAUUGCAAAAUAGUUGUAAUUGCUUUGUUGCUUCUGCACGUCAAUUAGCUAAAGCUUUGGAGGUGCCUCUGGUAAACGACUUAGGAUACACGAAAAGAUAUGUUCGUUGCCUUCAGAUAUCGGAGGUGGUGAAUAGCAUGAAAGAUCUGAUCGAUUAUAGCAGAGAAACAGGGACGGGUCCUAUGGAUAGCCUGAUCAACUUUCCACGAAGGAAUUCUAGUUCAGGACUCCAUCCUCAACAACAAGCCCAACAACCCGAGGGACAACAUCAAACAACUGCACAGAACUCCAUUAAUGGCCCAUCCUCUGCCUCACCAUCGACCUCAACUGUCGCUCGCCUUCUCCACCAUCAAAACUCUAUGAAUUCCCGUCAGGAGACCCAAUUGGGCAACACAAAUUCUCCUUAUGGUGCUAACAACACUUCACAAGUACUGUCAACAAGCUCCUCUGGUUCACUACCACAGUCCCAACCUAAUAAUAAUCCAUCUUCUCCUUUCUCUCCACCAGCACCACCCGCCUCAAACAACGCUACAACCCACAUAAACUCCGUCACUUCCCCUGCAAUGCAACAGCAGCAGCAGCCAGCACAGCCUCAAGAGACCGACCCGUCUGACUCACAAAGUUCAGUACAACAAAUCAUUCAGGAGCUGAUGAUGUCUUCUUCACCGUUGAAUGGUGGAAGUACUAACAAUGCUGCUCUGAAUGGAUUUGCCUCUGGUAUGAAUGGAGGAGGUAUGGCUAACAAUUCAAUGGGCUACAGGACCAUAGGAGGGAUUGUGCCAUCAGCUACUGUUAGUGGGCUGAGAGCUGCCAUGGUGAACGGCGCAAUGGGCAUGAAUGGGGUUCGGGCUGGAAUGAAUCACAUUUCACAUAAUGCAAUUGGCAUGAACCAUCAGCAACAACAGCAGCAGGAUAUGGGGAACCGUCUACUGGGCGGGCUUGGAUCGAAUAAUAAUUUCAAUAAUCUUCACUUUGAUUGGAAGCCGUCGCCAUGACCAGUGAAUUUCUUCACCGGAUUACUUCUCUAGCAGCAGCACACGCUAUAAGACUGGAGAAAAAUUCCAGGCUGCGACGUAGUUGACACAUGGAAGAGCUUUUCUCAUGUAUUGAAGGCUGCUGCUCUGUGACUAAUGAUUUCUACAGCGAAAUAGAUAGACCCCGAAGAAAGAGCUUUCGAGGGAGAAAUACAGUUAAAUCUACAACUACAAGAGGGCAUCUGAGCCCUGCCCAAGGGUUGUUGGUUCAUUAUACACCAAAAGGAGAGAUACAAAUUACUUCA